AUGAGCGAGGAGACGGCGACUGCUGACAACGAUAAUAGUUAUGCACGAGUGCGCGCUGUGGUGAUGACCCGGGAUGACUCCAGCGGCGGAUGGCUACCCCUCGGAGGUAGUGGACUGAGCUGCGUCACUGUCUGCAGAGCCUCCCACCAGGAAGAGGAUGGCUGCGCUGACUUUCUUAUUCGUGGAGAGCGGCUCAGGGACAAAAUGGUGGUUUUGGAAUGUAUGCUUAAAAAAGACCUCAUUUACAAUAAGGUCACUCCAACAUUUCACCACUGGAAGAUUGAAGACAAGAAAUUUGGCCUUACCUUUCAAAGUCCUGCUGAUGCUAGGGCUUUUGAUAGAGGUAUUCGAAGAGCUAUAGAGGAUAUUUCUCAAGGAUGCCCAGCAUUAAAAAAUGAAACUGAAGGAGCAGAUGAUGACUUACAAGCAACUGCUGAAGAGAGUACUCCUAGUCCUCGAGUGAAAGAUCAUCUUUUCCAGCAAGAGACCGUUGUUACCAGUGAGCCUUAUAGAAGCUCAAGACCAUCUCCCUUUGAAGAUCUGAAUGCCAGAAGAGUCUACUUGCAAAGCCAAGCCAGUCAGAUAACGUUCACUCAUCCAAGCCUAGACAUUCAGGGCAGAAGCAUAGAAUAUGCACAGCGACAAAUAUCCAAGGAAUGUGGAGGCCUAAAGUCCCAAAAUAAGGUCCCUCGACAUGUCAGCUUUCAAGAUGAGGAUGAGAUUGUCAGAAUAAAUCCUCGAGAUAUCUUAAUCCGUCGCUAUGCAGACUACAGGCAUCCUGACAUGUGGAAAAAUGACUUGGAGAGAGAUGACACUGACUCCAAUAUUCAGUUCUCCAAACCAGACAGUAAAAAAUCAGACUAUCUGUACUCUUGUGGGGAUGAGACUAAGUUAAGUUCAUUCAAAGACUCCGUGGUAUUUAAGACACAGCCUUCCUCAUUAAAAUUUAAGAAGUCAAAACGAAGAAAAGAAGAUGGUGAGCGUUCUCGCUGCGUUUACUGCCAGGAAAGGUUUAACCAUGAAGAAAACGGCAGGGGGAAGUGUCAGGAUGCUCCAGACCCUAUUAGAAGAUGCAUCUAUCAAGUUAGUUGCAUGCUCUGUGCCGAGAGCAUGCUGUAUCAUUGUAUGUCAGACUCAGAGGGAGACUUUUCUGAUCCCUGUUCGUGUGACACUAGCGAUGACAAGUUCUGCCUACGAUGGUUAGCCCUGGUAGCUCUUUCUUUCAUUGUCCCGUGUAUGUGCUGCUACGUCCCUCUGAGAUCGUGCCAUCGUUGUGGGGAGGCGUGUGGGUGUUGUGGUGGGAAACAUAAGGCUGCUGGAUGA